AUGUGCCACAUUGAAGUUCUAAGUGUCCCAGUAGGUGGCUCCACCGGAGAAACACUAAUGAUCCAACCUGCUGCAGGCUCUGAUGUCACUUCAGGCACAGGCACUAUUACCUAUACGACAACACAGCUAACAGAGCCUAAUGCUGCCCAACCCAUCCAGUACACAACUCUAAGUAAUGAUGUUAUUAAUCUCUUGUCACAUGUGGACUCAAGUAAAGAAAGUACUAGUUCAGAUCUGACAACAGAAAAGGCAGUAACAGUUGUUGCCAAACCCUUAGAUUGUUCGGUAUGUGCUAAAUCCUUUGCACAAAAGCGUACCUUAUGGUCUCAUAUGUUGGAAGCUCAUCCAGAUUUACAUUGUUGUUCAGAAUGUUGUGCAGCAUUUACCUCGCCUGAAUAUCUUAAUCAGCAUAAGGUCCAACACCAGAAACUGCAUGUGUGUUCAAGAUGUGGAAUGGCAUUCACAAACAAAUCAUCACUAAACAGACAUAGACAGCAGAUGCAUACAGGAGCUGCUGCUGCAGUAGAAGAUAAAGUGUUUGGUUGUGGAUCAUGUGAUGCCAGGUUCCACCAACAAUGUGACUUGCGAAGACAUGUGCUAGGACACACUGGUGAAAAGCCUUACAGAUGCAAACACUGUGAUGCUGGAUUCACCAGAACAUCAAGCCUUAAUAAACAUAUGAGAAUCCAUACUGGAGAGAAGCCUUAUACAUGUGAAGUGUGUGACCAGUCCUUCUCUUAUAGAAUUAGGAAGAUCAUGUCCCUGACAAGUCAUGCAUCCAGUCUGAAAAUACAUCUUUCAGAUAUGCCAUUUAACAGUAGAGGUACCAUUGGUACUGUGGCCCACCAUAGGGAUGAAACUUUCAAGAAACUUUUAUACAAAUAUCAAAUGACAGCAAAACAUUAUGAAAAUUGA